AUGGUGGUCGAUGUAGAUGCCGCUAGGGCAAAAAUUCCCGCCGACCCGACCAUCCCCCUACCGCCAGGGACGAAAGGGGCUCCCGAACCCGAGCCGGACCGAUACUCGCCGCGUUCGGUCACGGAGCAGCCGCCGCCAAUUGGACCAUUUCCAGAAAACGACUACAUGUAUCUGACCGUAGAGGACUUGUUGGCAGCCGACGAGAAAGAUGACGCCUUCCUGCAAAACAUUCCGCGCGACGAUUUUGCGGAAGCCGCCUUCGACAUCAACAAAGAGCUCGCCAAGAAGAACAGAUUGCUGAGGAUGAUGUGGGGUUUCCGGCAUCUCGACACGCUGGAGGCGAGAACGACCCGGAUUCAGUACCUGCGGGCGCUGCUCGACUUCAGGAGAUGGUGCUGCGCGAACCUUCCAAGACAGCAAACCGCCAGAGUCAAGGGGGACGGCGUGCUGGAACACGAGGACGAGAUAGGGAGGUACAUUGACGAAGACAUGGGUGAUCAGUGGCACACCGCCAAGGGCGACCUACAAUGGAUGCACGGUCCCCGCGUCAACGCCACGCGAAUCAGGGCGUACAUUCUGUCAAUCGCGAGGCAGGAAGGUAUUGCAAAGGCCGAGGAGCUCGAGGAGCUGAAUCCCGACGUCCGUGUCCAGCCCCUGAAGCCGACAACCGUUUCGAUGCUGCUCAUCCGCAUCAAAGCGCUCCAGACGGCCUGCAAGGUCGAGGGGACGCUCUUCGGGGUGAAGGAGCUCCACAUCAUGUACGACAUCUCCGAGGUCCGCUCGGAGGUGCGCGCGAUGGUCAGAGAGAAGUGGCACAGGGACGACAGGGAUUGCGUCGACCGGCACCGCGGAACGCUCGGCGACACGUACACCACCGACCAGAUCCGCCACCUCAUGUUCAAGGUCUUGCCGACCUGGGCAGCUCGGGCGUACGAACCCAAGGCGGCCACCCCCUCCCAGACACUGUGGAAGUUUCUGCUGAUGAAGACGAUGACCCUCUUGGGUCACCACACCCUUCUCCGCGGAGGCAGUCUCCGAGCAAUUGAGCUCCCCGACCUGUUUUUGUACAGAAUGGGGAACGCGUCGCCCGAGCACUCCACGCGACGGCCGGUUGUCAUGGUCGUCGCGUCACGAAACUCCAAGACGAACAAGGAUGCUCGUCUGCAUCACAGCUACGCGGCGAGACACCUCGAGCAAGAGAUGUGCGCCGUCGGUCACACACUGUUGUGGCUGCACUUCGUGUACGACCAGCUGAGCCGCUCGCCCACCUCUCGAUGUGUGCCGCCCCUCGACUUCACAACUCCGUACAGCUGGUAUCACAAGCACCUCUUUCAUGCUCGGAACGACAAGGCACAAAAAGAGCUGCCGGCUUCAUCACAUUCUCGGAUCACGAAAGAGAUGUGGCGGACGAACAAGAUCUUCAUCACGCGCAACACCCACGCCGCCCGGGCGGGUGGGGCACAGGAGCUGGCCGACGACGGCGUUCCGCGAUCUGACAUCGCCGACUUGGGCCACUGGGCGCUCGACAAGCUCGCGAAGAGCUACAUCACGACCAUCCCGAAGGCGGCGGUGUUGAGAAAGGCCGGCUACACGGGCAAGCGCGGCGACUACCACCUCGGCCGGAGCAUGGUGAAGCCCGACGACAAGGUGGUGGCCCUCAUCGCCCAACACAUCUUUCCGUGGGCGGAAGCGGAACUGGCCAAGAGUUCCAAGCUCUGCCGCGACCCCGACUUCCAGAAAUGGGCCAAGGACGUCAACCGGGUGGACCUCGAAACCAUCGCGACGCGCAGUACUCCGAGCGAGAACCCCCAAGAGGAAUUCAGCGCGCGAGUUGACGCCGAAUAUCAGGUCGACCAGCUCACCAUGAUGCUGCACCGCCAGAGGGAGGAUGCCGCGAUCGAGAAGCUUGAAAUGCAGAAGAAGUUGGAGGAGAAGGACGCGGAGAUCGCGAAGUUGAUGAACGCUCUCAAGCUGGCCGAGGCACAGCCGACGCCGACUGCGCCGGCACCGUCAAGGCCAAUGACCGCCGCCGAGAAGGCGGCGUCCGUCAAGAUCGAGAAGGAACAGAACGAUGACCUGACGUACGAGGUCAACGUCGUGCAUCCCUGGCGCACAUCCAAGACGGUCGAGGCUGCAUGGCGCUGGUGGAACAACCCGUCCAACUUCGACUCGCGUCCGUUGCGCGAACGUUACGACGAGCACAGAUUCCUCGUCAGACACACGCGCAUGAUCUGCAAGGUCGAAAAGGGCGACAAACCCGCCGCGUCGGCGAAGUCGGCAAAGAGCUCUCGUCCCACGACCGAGGUGGGUGAGACGGGGAAAAACGAUGCGCUGCAGCACUGCGCUCGCCGGAUGAGGCGGAUCAUGGAAGCGGUGCACGACUUGCGGCGGAGCGACGACGCCGCUGACAUCGCCGCCGUCAUCAAGCUACUCGACAACCUGGGGCGAACGGGGCUUUCCACUUUCAGCGACGCGCUCUUGGUCCUCCGUGCAACCCCGCCCAUCAAGGUCCCCACCACAGCCGACGGAAAGUCGGUCGGCACCAAGGGUCUGGACAAGCCGCUGGCGAGGAAGCUCGCCGUUGCGUGGGGCGUGGUCACGGCGGGCUACAUGGACGCUGACUGGGGAAAGAGGCUCUUCGGCGACUUGUGGGAUGAGCAGGCCAAUAAGGCCGGCUUGGAGGCCGAGGCGACGGCGGGAGCCAUCGGCGCAGGGAAGCGCAAGAGGGCGGGCUGA